UGGGAGGCUGUAGGGCCAGAUCUCGGACUCGGAGAUUUUAUGUAACAAGAGCAAAGCAUAAAGAAGAACAAUCCUGUGAUCUAUACAUGGAUGAGAUGGCUACUACUCAGAUUUCCAAAGAUGAGCUGGAUGAACUCAAAGAAGCCUUUGCAAAAGUCGAUCUCAACAGCAAUGGAUUCAUUUGUGACUAUGAACUUCACGAGCUUUUCAAGGAAGCGAAUAUGCCAUUGCCGGGAUAUAAAGUGAGAGAAAUUAUUCAAAAACUCAUGCUGGAUGGUGACAGAAAUAAAGAUGGGAAGAUAAGUUUUAAUGAAUUUGUUUAUAUUUUCCAAGAGGUAAAGAGCAGUGAUAUCGCCAAAACCUUCCGCAAAGCCAUCAACAGAAAGGAAGGGAUUUGUGCUCUGGGAGGAACUUCUGAGUUGUCCAGUGAAGGAACACAACAUUCCUAUUCAGAGGAAGAAAAAUAUGCUUUUGUUAACUGGAUAAACAAAGCUUUGGAAAAUGAUCCUGAUUGCAGACACGUUAUACCCAUGAACCCAAAUACUGAUGACUUGUUCAAAGCUGUUGGAGAUGGAAUUGUGCUUUGUAAAAUGAUCAACCUUUCAGUUCCUGAUACAAUUGAUGAAAGAGCAAUCAACAAGAAGAAACUUACACCUUUCAUCAUUCAGGAAAACUUGAACUUGGCGUUGAACUCUGCUUCUGCCAUUGGGUGUCAUGUUGUAAACAUUGGUGCAGAAGAUUUGCGGGCUGGAAAACCUCAUCUGGUUUUGGGACUGCUUUGGCAGAUUAUUAAGAUUGGCUUGUUCGCGGACAUUGAAUUAAGCAGGAAUGAAGCGUUGGCAGCUUUACUUCGAGAUGGUGAGACUCUGGAGGAACUUAUGAAAUUGUCUCCAGAAGAGCUUCUGCUAAGAUGGGCCAACUUUCAUUUGGAAAACUCAGGUUGGCAAAAGAUCAACAACUUCAGUGCUGACAUCAAGGAUUCCAAAGCUUAUUUCCAUCUCCUCAAUCAAAUUGCACCAAAAGGACAAAAGGAAGGAGAACCACGGAUAGAUAUUAAUAUGUCAGGUUUCAAUGAAACAGAUGAUUUGAAGAGAGCAGAGAGUAUGCUUCAACAAGCAGACAAAUUAGGUUGCAGGCAGUUCGUUACCCCAGCUGAUGUUGUCAGUGGAAACCCCAAACUGAACCUAGCCUUUGUAGCAAACCUGUUUAAUAAAUACCCAGCACUAACUAAGCCUGAAAACCAGGACAUUGAUUGGACUUUAUUAGAAGGAGAAACUCGUGAAGAAAGAACCUUCCGUAACUGGAUGAAUUCUCUUGGUGUUAACCCUCAUGUAAACCAUCUCUAUGCUGACCUGCAAGAUGCCCUGGUAAUCUUACAGUUAUAUGAACGAAUUAAAGUUCCUGUGGACUGGAGUAAGGUUAAUAAGCCUCCAUACCCGAAGCUUGGAGCCAACAUGAAAAAGCUAGAAAACUGCAACUAUGCUGUUGAAUUAGGGAAGCAUCCUGCUAAAUUCUCCCUGGUUGGCAUUGGAGGACAAGACCUGAAUGACGGGAACCCAACCUUGACCUUAGCUUUAGUCUGGCAGCUGAUGAGAAGAUAUACCCUCAAUGUCCUGGAGGAUCUCGGAGAGGGUCAGAAAGCAAAUGACGACAUCAUUGUAAAUUGGGUGAACAGAACGUUGAGUGAAGCUGGAAAGUCAACUUCCAUUCAGAGCUUUAAGGACAAGACAAUCAGCUCCAGUCUGGCAGUUGUGGAUUUAAUUGAUGCCAUCCAGCCGGGUUGCAUUAACUAUGACCUUGUGAAGAGUGGUAAUCUUACAGAAGAUGACAAGCACAAUAAUGCCAAGUAUGCAGUGUCGAUGGCUAGAAGAAUUGGAGCUAGAGUAUAUGCUCUCCCUGAAGACCUCGUGGAAGUAAAGCCCAAGAUGGUCAUGACCGUGUUUGCAUGUUUGAUGGGCCGGGGGAUGAAGAGAGUAUAAACUAACCAAUCUGAAUAAAAGCACCCUUAUUCCCAGGUGCAUGAUUAGCAAGUCAGCUAUUUCCUGGUAAGUGCUCAUGGCUUAAGGAAUUCUUGGUCAAUUAAAGGACUUUUAGAUUUCAUUAACAAGACCAGCUCAUCAAGACAGCCUUCAGGGAAAGAGUUUUAGUAGCAAACAACUCCUCUUUCCAAUAGAUCUGUCCGAUGGAUCUGUCCAGCACACCUGAACCAUGCUCACAGUGAACCCUUUUCACUCUCUGCUCCUGGAAUGCCGCCUUUGACAUUGCCCAUUGCUAUAUGUAUUUCUCUCUAUGUACCUUUUCCCGUUUAGAAUGUCCGUCUCUUGUGACUUGCUUAGAUGGGUUGAUGCAAAUAUUAUUAGCUAGUCAUUUUUCUUUCCAUGCAGUCUUCCAGUUCUUACUGGAGAACUAUAGUCAGAAAGUAUGUGGAGAUGAGUAUCCUUUGCUUACUUUGUAUACUGAAAAUUUGCCAAAGUAACUGGCUGUGCAGAAUGUAAUAGAAGCUUUUCUUAUUCUUUUAUUCUUAAAAUCAGUAUCUUUUUACAGUAUUCUUUCUACAUGAUUAUUUUUUGUACAUUUAAGAAUAUUUUGAUUACAUUCAACAAGUCUGCUGAUUUUGCUACUUUUUUUAAGGGGAUCUUCAAGUGAGUAAACAAGCAUACAUUAUAGGUAGAGGAAAAACUGAACCCUAAGGUUGUAUCUUCCCCUUCAUACCCAAGCUGUAAACAGAUGAAAUUUUUUGUCUUUAAUAUGUUGGUUCAAUGCAUGCUUAUUUGCUUUGGAACCUAUAUCAGUAACGCUCUCUUUGAAUUUAAAAUGCUGUUGAAUAUGACAUUUUUGAGGAGAGAGUUAGCUCAUAACUUAGACAGGGAUUCAAUAAGCCAAGUAUGCUAAGUGUACAAUAUAUUUUUAAAUUUUACACCUAUAACAAGGAGAGGUGGGCACUAAAAAGUAAAUGUAUGUAUGUUGGACUUGAUGUACUCCUGCUUUGUCAAGCUCUUUGCUAUAGUUCUUAAGACAAUUAUGUUACUCUAACUCUGAAAAGUCCUGUAACCCAGUAGCAACAUAGUUCAAAUAAAUGCAUUUGCAUAAUAA